GCAGUGUAAAAGAGGGGCGUGGAAAAUUAGGGUUAGGGCUGUGGAGUGUUGUCCCUUCCUACGCGUCGAUACUGAAAGCUUCAGUCAACUAAAAGUACAUGGCGAUAAGUCAUUCUUUAAAGGCCCAAAAAGCAAUAAAGUAAGAGAAAAAGAACGCGCUUUACUCUAUCUCAGAUCCUUCCUCCUACCUUCUCUGAAGUUUCCAAAUCCAGCUGGAAGCUCCAGUAGAGUUCCUGCCUUGGUGCUUCUGAGAUCUUUUCAGCUUGGAGCUUCUCAGAUAGAGAGAAAGAAGAGAGAGAGAGAGGGAUUGAAUUUUGGGAUGAUACCGCAAAAGAGACCCCGUGAAUGGAAAGAUGGCAGCUCUGAGGUUCAAGCUUCCAGUACUAAGCGGCACCUGUCUUUAGCCAAUGUUGUUAAAGAAGCAAUGCUAGCACAGUUGAUGCAGAGCUUUAUAACAAAGAUAGAACCCAUGCUUCGCAAAGUGGUACGUGAGGAGGUGCAACGUGGUUUGGAGCUUUUGGAUAUUCAAGCUGACUUAAGAUCCAUCCCAAGGCAAAUUCAGGCCUCAGGGGCGAGCCAUCUGCAACUUCAUUUUCAGAAUAGGCUGCCGCAAUCACUCUUCACUGGUAGCCCGAUAGAGGCAGAGGAUGGUUGCCCUAUUGAAUUAGUCAUCGUUGAUUCCACUACAGGCGAGCUAGUUAACUCUGGUCCUUUAUCUCAGAUUAAGGUGGAGAUUUUUGCCCUUGAUGGUGAUUUUGUGACUGAAGACAAUUGGUCACAACAUGACUUCUCACGAAAUGUAAUACGUGAGAGGGAAGGGAAAAGGCCACUUCUUACUGGAGAUCGUGUGAUUCCGCUGAGAAAAGGCAUCGGAACAGUUGGGCAGUUAGUGUUUACUGAUAACUCCAGCUGGAUUAGAAGUCGAAAAUUCCGGUUGGGGGCUAGAGUAGGAAAUAAUAAUUCUGGAGAAAGGAUUAGGGAAGCAAAAUCAGAAGCUUUUGUUGUGAAGGAUCAUCGUGGAGAAUUGUACAAGAAGCACUACCCACCCAUGCUGAAAGAUGAAGUAUGGCGCUUGGAAAAGAUAGGUAAAGAAGGCUGCUUCCAUACCAGGUUGGCUGCUGAAAAGAUUCAUACUGUGCAGGACUUUUUGGUCCUCUAUUUUACUGAUUCUGCAAGGCUACGAAGAGUCCUUGGCAAUGGAAUGUCCCCAAAGACAUGGGAGGCAACUAUUAGGCAUGCAAAGACCUGUGCGCUGGAUGAUCAGCUUUUUGUCCAUUUUGCUGGUGGACAAGAGUUCGGCCUUGUAUUCAAUUCCGUAAGGGAACUCGUCGGGCUGACAUGUGAUCAGCAGACUUAUCUGCUCCUUACCAAAGAACAAAUUAGAACUCUGGAAAGAUUCAAACAAAUCGCAUACAGCAACUGGCAGGAUGCCAUGGAAAUUCCUGGGCUGUUAGUUGAAGGUACUCUUGGAUCCAUUCGAGGAACAACCCAAGACCCUCAACCUCAAGAAACCAUCCUUCAAAAUGCAGGGUUCAUAAUCCGUCAAGAUGAUCCCAUAACACAGCUAGAGCUGGUCCAUUCUACUCAUUUACCCGCCAUGACUGCACCUCGUGACAGUUCCAUUGGGAGGAACUCUUUUGGGAUGUAUGAACCUCAUCAAGUGAAUGAUGAGUGGCCCAUGGUUGAAAGUGGGUAUCCAUUGGUUGGUAUCUCGACCAUGAAUGUAGGACUAGAUGAUGAUCCGACAGUCCAAAUGCAAAGCAGGCUUCCAAUCCCUCCAACUUGGAGCCCACCACAAGCUUAUGACCUGUUUCGAGGCCAUGAAUCAGGUUUUGUACCCUUAGUCACUUCUCACCCUACAACCAGUUUCCAUAUGCCUAAGAGCUCUAAGGCCAAUGUGAGUUGGAGGAAAUUGAAGGCCGCCGUUAAGUGGGGCAUCCCUGUUGUAAGGGAGCUCUCUGUUAGAAGAGCUGCUAGAAUAGGCAGGUUUUCCUACUGAGAGUUGAAGCUUUUUUUCAUUGAUUCAAGUGAGAAUUUGCAGAGCCUACCCUCUGGUUGCUAUAAAUGCUCAGGAUUACAUAGGUUUUCUUUGUUUUGUAUAUAGUUUCGGGAAGUUAUCUGUCAAAGGUAAAGUUUAAGUUCAGGAUGAAUUCACACAAAGGAAGUGCAAUGGACCCAGGAGCUUUCAGGUAGUAAGCAGUUGAAGAAGGAAGUGCUUGCAUGUAUUUGAAGCCGGGGUGCCAUUUUUUGUAGAUACUUGUAGGUCUUGGUGAUCAAAUUGUUUUCUUUUUUUCUUCAAUGAACUGGUUUAUAUGCAAUAAGUAAUCUUGUAUUCAGGUCUGUAAUUUUGUAAAGGUAUCUCCUCCAAAAUGGAGCUCAUUUGAAUUAAGAUGCUGUAAUUGUGUUGAAUGCAUGAAAAGCAUGACUUAGACGA